AUGAACGGAAUUGAAAAUCAAAUUUGCAAAGUCUGCUUUCGGAAAACUUUGGGAGAAACGAAUAAGUUUUUGGAGUUAUGCAGUCUAAAAUUAAACAAAAAUCAUAGUGGGAUAUACGAAAGCGAUCGCCGAGGCAGACAGCCACCAAAAAAUAAAUACACGGAAGCCGUCACAUCUUUUUUUCUUAAAAUUCCACUCUACCGCAGCCAUUAUAGUAGACGAGAUAGCAAUAAAAAAUAUCUGCCACCGCACUACACACUUGCUAUGGUAUACAGUCAAUACUUAAGUGAACCUGAUCAUGUUGUUAUUAGCCGUACAAAGUUCGAAGAGAUUUUCCACACGUUGAAUAUCGGAAUUAAGAAACCAAGCAAAGACACUUGUGGGAAAUGCGACUGUCUGAGAAUGAAGAUAACAUUGACUAGUAACGUUGAAGAAAAGUUGAAGUAUCAGCACGAAUUAGACACCCAUCAGAAACAAGCUGACGACUAUUAUAAAUUGAAGGCAGAAGAUAAACGAUUAUCAAAAAUUGAUCCAACGACAAAAACAGUCACGUUUGAUUUACAACAAUGCCUUCCAACUCCAAAGGUUUCUACAGGCAUUUCUUUCUACUUAAGACAGCUAUGGACCUUUAACCUAACUUUCCAUGACUGUGACAAUGAUCAGGCUUAUUGUUUCAUGUGGCAUGAAGCUAUAGCGGGCAGGGGAGCUAACCAAGUCGGAUCAUGUAUACAUCAGUUUUUAAAUAGCAUUCCAUCAGAUGUUGAAAAAAUUACGCUUUACUCAGAUUCUUGCACUGGGCAAAACAAAAAUGCACACAUUGUAGCGAUGUAUUUUGCCUGCUUGAAAUAUCACCCAACUUUGAAAAUAAUACAACACAAAUUUUUAGUGCCCGGCCAUACACACAUGGAGUCUGACUCCGAUCACGCUCUUAUUGAAAAGAAACAGAAAAAAACAGAGAGACAAAUCGAUCACCCUCGCGAUUGGUAUCAGUUGGUUCGAUGCACUGGAAAAAAAUAUCCUUUCAAAGUUGUGGAGAUGGACCAGUCAAAAUUUUUUAAUUAUGCAAAACUGCUAAAAACAGAGCUUCAAGUGAAGAAAAAAGACGAAACGGGAAACCUCUUUUACUGGCGUGAUAUUCGAGAAAUAAUGAUCGACAAAAAUAAUCUUGGGGUAAUGUAUUUUAAAACGGGCAUCAAUGAAAGUUAUAGGUGCCUUUCAUUCAGGAAGCGGGGCUCAUUAGCAAAGUUAAUUCCAGAAUUGCAUUACAAAGGAUUAGUGCCUAUUACCGCGAAGAAGAAAGGUACAAUCUAA